UUCUAUAAAAAUUUUGUAAUUGAAAGAACCAAUCUCUGACCCGACUCAUCCACAGGAAUCGGAAUCCAAAGAAGGUCCGACAUGUUUAGGAUGGAUCUUUAGAUUUCAAUCUGAAAUACACACUGAUAUUGUUACAGCAAAGUUGUGAAAUGACGAAGAACUACGUGAGAGAGAACGUACCUCUCUCGCGAUUCGGCGUGCUAGUGGCACAACUAGAAUCAAUAGUCGCAUCCUCUUCACAGCAAUCCCCCGAUCCUCUCCUCUGCUUCGAUCUCCUCUCCGAUCUCAUCUCCGCUAUCGACGAAGAGCCCAAGGAGUCAAUUUUGUUGUGGCAAAGGAAAUGUGAGGACGCGUUAAAUUCAUUGCUGGUUUUAGGUGCGAGACGACCGGUGCGUCAUUUAGCAUCGGUAGCAAUGGCGAGGAUUAUAUAUAAAGGAGACGCUAUUUCUAUUUAUUCUAGAGUUAGUACUCUUCAAGGCUUUCUUUCUGAUGGAAGGAAGAGUGAACCACAGAAAGUUUCUGGUGCUGCACAAUGUUUGGGAGAAUUAUAUCAGCAUUUUGGAAGAAGAAUUACUUCAGGUUUGCUUGAAACAACGGUUAUUGCAACGAAACUCAUGAAGUUUCAUGAGGAGUUUGUGAGGCAAGAAGCUUUACUCAUGCUUCAAAAAGCUUUGGAAGGCUGUGGUGGUACUGCUGUUUCUGCAGCUUAUACUGAAGCAUUCCGUCUUAUCACACGGUUUGCCAUUGGGGAUAAAUCACUUGUUGUUAGAAUUGCUGCUGCUCGUUGUCUGAAGGCAUUUGCCAACAUUGGAGGGCCUGGUUUGGGAGUUGGAGAACUCGAGAAUUCGGCAUCUUAUUGUGUGAAGGCCCUUGAGGAUCCUGUAUCAUCUGUUAGAGAUGCAUUUGCUGAAGCUUUGGGUUCUUUGCUUGCUCUUGGAAUGAAUCCAGAGGCACAGGUUCAACCGAGGGGAAAAGGUCCUUUUCCUCCAGCAAAGAAACUAGAAGGUGGCUUGCAGAGGCAUUUAGCUUUGCCCUUCACAAAAGCUAGUGGAAUACGGGGGAAGGACACAAGAAUGGGCAUAACUCUAUCUUGGGUAUCAUUUUUGCAGGCUAUUCGACUGAAGUAUCUACAUCCAGACAGUGAGCUUCAAAACUAUGCUCUCCAGGUUAUGGAAAUGCUUCGUGCGGAUACUUCUGUUGAUGCCCAUGCACUGGCUUGCAUUCUUUAUAUAUUGCGGGUUGGUGUGACUGAUCAGAUGACUGAACCUACUCAGAGGAGCUUCUUAGUUUUCCUGGGAAAGCAGCUUGAGUCUUCUGAUGCCAGUCCUUACAUGAAAAUUGCUGCGUUACGUACUUUGUCAUACACAUUGAAAACAUUGGGCGAGGUUCCAUCAGAAUUCAAGGAAGUUAUUGACGACACAGUUGUUGCUGCAAUAUCUCAUUCUUCAGAACUUGUACGGAUUGAGGCUGCUUUAGCGUUGCGUGUUUUGGCUGAGGUUGAUCCUACUUGUGUCGGUGGUUUGAUUUCCUAUGGAGUAACGACACUAAGUGCUUUAAGAGAAAAUGUUUCUUUUGAAAAGGGAACCAAUCUAAAAGUUGAGCUUGAUUCUUUGCAUGGGCAAGCUACAGUCCUGGCAGCUUUGGUGGCUGUUUCACCCAACUUACCUCUUGGUUAUCCAGCUAGAUUGCCGAAAUCAGUACUUGAAGUUUCAAAGAAAAUGCUAACAGAAUCAAGUCGCAACCCUAUGGCUGCAACAGUUGAAAAAGAAGCUGGAUGGCUACUUCUGUCCUCUCUACUAUCUUCUAUGCCGAAGGAGGAGCUUGAAGACCAAGUCUUUGAUAUUCUCUCAUUGUGGGCUCCCCUCUUUGGUGGAAUUCCAGAACAGGAAAUUAAGCAAACUGGAGAUCUGACAGCGAGGAUUUGUGUGUGGUCUGCUGCUGUUGAUGCGCUUACAACAUUUAUAAAAUGUUUCAUUUCUCCCAAUUCUGUGAACAAUGGCAUCCUACUUCAGCCAGUGAUGGUAUACUUAAACAGUGCUUUAUCCUAUAUACUAUGGCUACAAAGCAAAGAACUGUCAAAUGUUAAGCCAGCAGUUGACAUAUUCAUCAUCAGAACACUACUUGCUUAUCAAUCCCUUCCUGAUCCAAUGGCAUAUAAAAGUGAUCAUCCCCGUAUUAUUCAAUUAUGUGCAGCUCCAUAUAGGGAUGCUUUUAAAUGCGAGGAAAGCUCAUGCUUGAGAUUGCUUCUUGACAAAAGAGAUGCAUGGUUGGGUCCAUGGAUUCCUGGAAGAGAUUGGUUUGAAGAUGAACUUCGUGCUUUCCAAGGUGGAAAAGAUGGCCUUAUGCCUUGUGUAUGGGAGAAUGAACCUUCAAGUUUCCCUCAGCCGGAAACAAUAAGCAAGACAUUGGUGAACCAGAUGCUCCUCUGCUUUGGAAUCAUGUUUGCUUCUCAGGAUAGUGGUGGGAUGCUGCUGCUUCUUGGAAUGAUUGAGCAGUGUCUAAAAGCUGGCAAAAAACAAAUAUGGCAUGCAGCCAGUGUUACUAACAUAUGUGUGGGGUUACUUGCUGGAUUGAAGGCUUUAAUUGCUUUGCGUCCUCAACCUCUAGGUUUUGAGAUAUUAAAUCCUGCACAAGCUAUUUUUCAGAGUAUUCUGGCAGAGGGAGACAUCUGUGCAUCCCAACGUAGAGCAUCAUCUGAAGGUCUUGGUCUUUUAUCUCGCCUUGGAAAUGAUGUAUUUACAGCCAGAACGACUAGGUUGCUUCUUGGUGACCUUACGGCAGCAACUGAUUCGACCUAUGCAGGAUCAAUUGCUUUUGCACUUGGAUGCAUUCAUCGCAGUGCAGGAGGAAUGGCAUUGUCUAGCUUAGUGCCUUCAACUGUGAGCUCAAUAUCAUCACUGGCUAAAAGUACAAUCACUAGUUUACAGAUCUGGUCUUUGCAUGGACUUCUUCUAACCAUUGAAGCUGCUGGUUUCUCAUAUGUAUCUCAUGUUCAGGCAACACUUGGCCUUGCGAUGGACAUCCUUUUGUCUGAAGAGAAUGGAUUGGUUGACCUUCAACAAGGAGUCGGUUGUCUAAUAAAUGCUAUUGUUGCAGUACUUGGUCCUGAACUUGCCCCCGGCAGCAUUUUCUUUUCACGUUGCAAGUCUGUUAUUGCAGAGAUAAGAUCCUGGCAAGAAACAGCUACAUUGCUCGAGAGUGUCCGUUUUACUCAACAACUUGUUCUCUUUGCCCCACAUGCUGUUUCUGUGCAUUCUCAUGUGCAAACUCUUCUCUCCACUCUGUCCUCAAGACAGCCAACUUUACGGCAUCUUGCCGUGUCCACCCUACGACAUCUUAUUGAGAAGGAUCCAGUUUCCAUCAUCGAUGAGCAAAUAGAAGAUAAGUUGUUUCACAUGUUAGAUGAGGAAACUGAUUCUGAGAUUGGUAAUCUGGUACGUGCGACUAUUAUACGAUUGCUACUUGCAUCAUGCCCUUCACGUCCAUCUCACUGGAUAUUGAUAUGCCGUAAAAUGGUUCUUGCUAUGUCAGCAAGACAUGAUGCUGAAGCCAGCAAUGACAGGGCAAAUGAUCGUCUUAACGGUUCAGAAAAUGACUCCAGCUUGGGCUUUGGAGAAGAUGAUGAGAAUAUGGUCUCUGGGUCUAAGGGCAUAUCAUUGCCAGGUUAUGCACGUGAAGCUUCCAAUAUUAAUCCUAGUAGGAAUAAGCACCUCAGAUACCGAACAAGAGUUUUUGCUGCUGAGUGUUUGAGUCAUCUACCUACAGCUGUGGGAAAUAAUGCAGCUCAUUUUGACCUGUCCUUGGCAAGGAAAAGAGUGGCUGGACAGAGCUCUGGAGACUGGCUGGUCCUCCAUGUACAAGAGUUGAUUUCAUUGGCUUAUCAGAUAAGUACAAUUCAGUUUGAGAAUAUGCGGCCAAUUGGCGUGGGACUUCUUAGUACCAUUGUGGAUAAGUUUGAAACAAUACCUGAUCCAGAGCUUCCAGGACACCUUCUGCUGGAACAGUUUCAGGCCCAACUUAUAUCUGCUGUCCGGACUGCACUAGAUGCAUCCUCUGGCCCUAUUCUUCUGGAGGCAGGGUUACAGUUGGCAACUAAGAUAAUGUUAAGCGGAAUACUUGGUGGUGAUCAAGCUGCAGUCAAACGCAUAUUUUCAUUAAUUUCUCGUCCACUAAAUGAGUUCAAGGAUGUUUAUUAUCCUUCUUUUGCAGAAUGGGUCUCUUGCAAGAUCAAGAUAAGACUUCUGGCUGCUCAUGCCUCUCUCAAAUGUUACACAUUUGCAUUACUGAGGAGACAUCAUAGUGGGGUUCCAGAUGAGUCUCUGUCAUUAUUACCAUUGUUCUCAAAGAGUUCAAGUAUUCUGGGGAAGUACUGGAUUGGUGUUCUGAAGGACUACAGUUACAUCUGCUUGUGCUUGAAUCUCAAGAAAAAUUGGAAACCAUUCCUUGACGGAAUUCAGUCACCUCUAGUUUCAGGAAACUUGCUUUCUAGUUUAGAAGAAGCUUGGCCAGUAAUUUUACAAGCUCUUGCAUUGGAUGCAAUUCCUUCGAAUGGGGAUGGGAGUCCUAGGACAGCUGUUGAGAAUAUAUUGAGAAAUAAUUUAAUAUCUGGUUAUAGCAUGGUCGAAUUGGACUUGGAAGAAUAUCAAUUUCUAUGGGGCUUUGCUCUGCUUGUUCUAUUCCAGCAGCAACAUCCGAAGAUUACUAGACAAAUAAUUCCGCUGAGCAGUGCUAAAAGUCGAUAUGGGGGAGAUUUGCCAACUGAAGAAACAAAUCCCACAGCAUUGAAGUUAUAUGAGAUUGUGCUGCCUGUUUUCCAGUUUCUAUUAUCAGAAAGAUUUUUCGCUGCUCACUUUCUUACUGCAGAGAUUUGCCAAGAGUUGUUGCAGGUUUUAUCAUACUCCAUUUACAUGGAUAAUUCUUGGAAUAGUCUUGCCAUAUCAGUACUAUCCCAGGUUGUGCAGAACUGCCCUGACGACUUUCUUGAAGCAGAAAAUUUCGCUUAUUUGGCUGUGGAACUUCUUUUGGCUUAUAUCUUCAAUGUUUUACAGAGCACUGAGGUAUUAGAUCACCCAAAUCGGGAGGACUUGCUACCUCCUCUAUUUAUUACAGCAAAGACAAUUGUAAAGCGUUUUGAGACAAAGAUGCAGAAGAAAUUGAAGUCUGUAGUGUUGAUCUUUCUGUUAGUCAGUUACAAGUGCAUCAGAGAAGCUUCCACUGAAUUUUGCUUUUCAACAGUUCACGAUUUUGUCAGGUCUACCAGCCCCUUGCUCAAGGGUUUGGUUGAUGAUUCCUCCAUACAUUGUGAUGAUGGCAGUCUCCAUCUGAGAGCAACCAUUGGAACUUGCAUGAAUUUGGUUGCUGAUUUGACCGAGGACUGUCUGAAAGGCAUUCAUUUUCUGGAGAACAAAAGAUCUGACUUGCGUAAAUUACUGCAAUUGAAGCUUGCUUUCUCUCUAGAACAAACAAUAUCAUUGGCCAAGCUAGCUUGUCAAAUUGAAUGUUUUGGAGAAACCAAAAGCAGUAGUCCAAUCUGUUAUACAGUGUUCAAAUGUUGCACCAGAUACUUCCAUACUGUACUGAGCGACUCUAAUGUACAGGUUCAAGCAAUUGGAUUGCAAGUGCUUAAAACUACACUACAGAGGAGCACCAACUUAGAAGACACUGUGUUUCCCAUAUUCUUUUGUGGAGAGCUUGUUACAGGCAUCUUAGCCAUGAUACAGACACUGUUGAAGAAACCUGUUAGUAAAGAAUCAGUGGCCAUUGCUGGUGAGGGCUUGAGAUUCAUAGCACUUCUACAGACACAAUCAAAAGCUAGUGCAUGCCAGAGAGGGUUUAUGAAUAUUCUUCUUACUGCAAUUAUCAUGGUCUUCUUGGCAUCAGAGGAUAAUCCUUCUCAGGAAUUAAAUGGUUUAAGAAGCACUGCUGUAAAGCUCGUUUCUCAUCUUGCCCAAGUUUCUUCUUCAGCAGUUCACUUUAAGGAUGUUUUGUUAUCAAUGCCUGUGAUGCAUAGGCAGCAACUUCAGGGUGUGAUUCGUGCUUCGGUAGAACAAGAUCACAGUGCAACAUUGACAAAACCUUCAUCUUCAUUAGAAAUUAAAUUGCCAAUUCCGAAAGAUUCCCAACCAUUGGUUGUCUCAUCGUUGCCAGUAGAAGAGACUAAGGAGAGAAAUUCCCACUUGUCAGAAGCUUCUGUUAACUCUGACAAGGACAGUUUGGAUGAGGACCAAGAUGAUGAAGAUGACUGGGAUGCUUUCCAAUCUUUUCCUGCCUCUACCAGUGUUGCUGAGAAAGAUUCAGAAGUAAAGAGUGCUAUGGAUGAACCUGGACUAGUUGAAAAAUCUGUUUCGGAAAUCAAAUCUGGAAUAGAAAAAAUUCAGGAGUUCUCUACAUCACAGCACGUGACCAGAGAAGAUGAUAUGAUUGUGGCAGAGCAUCAAGAAGCUGAAAAAAUUUCUGGUAGUCCUGAAGACAAAGGCAAGAUGGAAGCACACCAUGAUCAACAUCAAAAAAGCAAAGAGGAAACAGUGCUAAGCCAAGAGGGUGAAGGGGGAGUAGCAUCAACCCAAGGUAAGAUGAAGAUCUCAUCCGAUCUUGAGUCAGUUGGAGAUGCAGAAGGAUCGAUAGUGAAUUUCGGGGAGGAUUUUGAACAGAGAAAGGGGAGUCUAGCUGAGGAGUAUCAUCAGGUAUUAUCAGAUGAUCUUGAGAGCAGGUCACUUGAAAUAGUUGAAGGCCACGAGCAUGCUCUGGAUGACAGAAAUGAUGUCCCAGAAACUUUCAAUCCUUUGCCUCCUCAAAGUCAAUGGGAAGCAGAGAACGAUGCCAACAGAGAGAAACAUAUUGCAGCAGAUGAUGCUACAAGAAAAAUGGUGGAUGGAAGUAAGAGCAACGACCAGGAUCAAGAGAGGUGAUAUUUUGGAAUCUUCGGAAGGCCGAGAAAAGGGCAAAAUGGAUGAAAUAAUGUCUGAAUGAUCAGCAAUAGUAGUGACUUUGGAAUUUGUAAAAGAAAUAGGCUGACUUAUGCAAACUGCAAUCACUUGGAUAGAAAUUUGCAUAUUAAUCAUUGAGGAAAUUCCACUACUGUCUUUUUUGAAAAAUUAUCUUUUAUACGGUGAUUUUUUCCUUUUCAUUUAUACUGUAGCUAUAUUUUAUUUUUACUUUUAUCUAUUUUUAUUUUCUUUUUA